AUGCCUAAUACAUUCAGCUUGGCGAUACGCUACAAUCCCGUGUUUGUAGGUUACGACAAGUGGAACAUGUUCAUCCUAGAGCCGGAUGAGAGUUGUACGCUAUCUCUGGAUUCCGAUGUACAAUCUAGCUUUACCAGUGACCGGACUUCUUCAGCUGAAUCUAUGCAGACGGCCGCCAAGUGGUUGCAAGAGUGUGCCAGUUCACAUCAAUCUUGCAACACAUCUGAGGGCGGUAGCACUUGGUACCCAACGCGUCUCUUACACCUGGCCGACCCUAUUGAAGACAAGAACUACAUUCGGCUCAUACGCACAGCACGAGAACCACCAAUCGGUCCUUAUGCUACUUCAAGCCAUUGCUGGGGCAACAACAUGCCUCUCAAGCUCACCCAAGCAAUGGAAUCUGAAUCUAACUUUUGUUUCCCAUUGGCUGAUCUACCCAAGACUUUCCAAGAGGCCAUUGAGGUAUCCAGACAAUUGGGAAUUCUCUACCUGUGGAUCGAUUCACUGUGCAUAAUUCAAAGUGGAGAUGAUCGUCAAGACUGGUACCGAGAAGCAAGCUCGAUGGAUAUGGUAUAUACAAACUCUCACUGUAACAUAUCUGCGACAGAUGCAGAGGAUAGUACGAAGGGCCUUUUCCGACACCGUGCCCCUCUGUACAUUGGCCGCCCGCGCGUCAAAGUCAACCUAGACGAUGUCCAGUCAGACACUGGACAUGUGGAGUGUCUGAUGACCGACUAUCUCCUCCGGACACAUGUCCUACUGCACUCGCCUCUCGACAAACGUGGCUGGGUUUUCCAGGAGCGUUUUCUUGCACCACGAGUUCUGCAUUUUUGUCAAGACCAGUUGUUCUGGGAGUGUCGAGAACAUACUGUAUGUGAGACCUUUCCUCAAGAGCUACCGCUUGUGUGUCUAUAUUAUACUUCAGCAUUUCUCAAAUCUGAAGCAAAAAACCGACAACGCAUUGCACAACAGCUUGACGGGAACAGCAUAGGUGAAACAAACUGGGAGGACUUAUGGACCACGUUGGUCCGGACGUACAGUCCCAGGAACCUGUCGGUCCCAGGGGACAAGUUGGUUGCCCUUUCAGGUGUGGCUAAGCAUGUGAUGCCUUAUAUCAAAGACGCUUAUGUCGCUGGCAUGUGGUGCAGGAAUCUUGAGAAGUUCCUAAUGUGGCAUGUAACUGGCCCCAAGCCACGCCCGCCUAGUUACCGCGCGCCAUCCUGGUCUUGGGCGUCUGUGGAUGGACUAAUACAGUACACUGGUCGGGCCACACAGGAAAUUUUGAUACAUACCGAAGAUGUUGUACUUCACUACGCAAUUGAAGAUAUCACAGGAGCGGUGACAGGUAGAUGGUUAGAUCUGCGUGGCUGUCUCAAGCCUAUGAGAUUGCAAGGUGUCAAACACGACGAAGGUAUAAGCUGGUACAUGGUGUUUGGCAGUACUAUCGUCUAUAAACAGAACGUUAAGGGCCCAGAACAACGAAUACACGCCUCCCUCGAUACAUUGUAUGAUGAUGAGGUAGCUUUCGAUGACGAUCAUACACAAGAGCGACUGUUCUUUAUGCCUGGGCGGUUAGUAGGUAAAUCGGAUGAGGGUACUAUCUUAUGGUGCCUGCUUUUCAGGCUUACAGAGUCCAACGACGAUGUGUUCGAGAGGAUUGGAGUGGCUCGCUGUUCUGCAGAUGACAAAAAGGAGAUGCUGUUGGCAGAACUGGACGAAGGUACAAGGGCUCGUUUACCGUGUAUGCGCUACGAGAACGGGCUUCAUACAAUCCGGAUCGUCUAG